UAAUCCUCCCUCCGGGUUAGUGUUAAUUGAAAACGUCUUUGUUUAAGGAAGCCAGCAGCAAUUCCAAGGAGCACACAACCAGAGCAAAAACAAAACCGCCCGCCGGCCGCGUCACCGUGUUCGCUCUCCGCAGCCGCAGCCACCGAGAGAGCCGGAUGAGAAGAGAGUUCUUCACCUCCGCGAUCGCUUCUCUGUAAUGGCUCUCGGCCAUUGUUGUCAUUAUGUUCUUGUUGCUCAGUUUUAAAAUAGGGAGUCGUCGUUUUCGUAAGAUGCAGAGACGGCGGCGGAAGGUGGUGGUGACGAUAAGGGAGGCCCUAACGUACGCCACAUGCGUAAUAGCUCUGGCAGGGCUGCUCUCCGGGCACCUUUACGUGUUCCGUUCCUCGACAGUUCCAGAAUUCCCUGAUUCUUACAAGCUCCCCACCGUCACUCAACAUGAAAUCAAUUACCAAAAGUUAAGAACUGAACGAAGCUGGACUCAGGAACUGGCUCCACCACAGUUAUCGAAAGAGCAGAUUCUGGCGCAUGUAUCAAAAGCUCCGGUUUUGUCUAGCAAGUUGGAUGGUGAGAGGAGAAAUCCAGAUUAUGACAAGCUGUGGAAACCUCCUACAAGUCGCGGUUUUGUUCCCUGUGUGGUGCCUUCUCCCAAUUAUACAGCUCCUGGAGAAUCUAAAGGUUACCUUGUAGUCAGUACAAAUGGCGGACUCAACCAAAUGCGAACUGGGAUAUGUGACAUGGUAGCUGUUGCCCGUCUAAUAAAGGCUACUCUUGUAAUUCCAGAACUUGAUAAGCGAUCCUUUUGGAAAGACACCAGCAACUUCUCUGAUGUUUUUGAUGAGGACCAUUUUAUUAGUGCUUUGGCUAAUGAUAUUAGAGUGAUAAAAAAACCUCCAAAGGAUAUCCCCUCUGGUGCCAAAGUUGUUAAGCAUUUUAAAAGCUGGUCUGGACUGCAUUACUACCAGGAUGAUAUAGCUCCCAUGUGGGAGGAAUAUAAGGUUAUUCGAGCAGCAAAAUCUGAUUCACGUCUAGCCAACAACAAUUUGCCUCCUGACAUACAGAAGCUUCGGUGUCAUACGUGCUUUGAAGCCCUUCGUUUUUCACCCAAAAUUGAGGCCAUGGGGAAAUUGUUGGUGGAGAGAAUGAGGUCUUAUGGUCCUUAUAUUGCAUUGCAUUUACGAUAUGAGAAGGAUAUGCUUGCCUUCAGCGGAUGUACACACAGUUUAUCUGAGGCUGAAGCUGAGGAACUAAGGAUAAUCAGAGAAAACACCGCGUACUGGAAAGUAAAGGAUAUUGAUGCCAUGCAACAGAGGUCCAAAGGAUAUUGCCCCUUGACCCCGAAAGAGGUUGGAAUUUUUCUCCAUGCUCUUGGAUACCCACAAGAAACCCCUAUAUACAUUGCUUCUGGAGAGAUAUAUGGGGGUGAUUCACGUUUGGCUGAUUUAAGGUCCCGCUUUCCCAUGCUAAUGGGCAAGGAAAAAUUGGCUUCUGUUGAGGAGCUUGACCCAUUCAAUGGUCAUGCAACUCAAUUGGCUGCACUUGAUUACAUUGUAUCUGUUGAAAGUGAUGUCUUUAUCCCGACAUACUCUGGAAACAUGGCAAGGGCAGUUGAAGGGCAUCGUCGUUUCCUAGGGCACCGUAAAACUAUUUCUCCUGACAGGAAAUCACUUGUUCGUCUUUUUGACAAAAUGGAGAGGGGGAUAUUGAAGGAAGGCCCAAAGUUAUCCUAUUGGGUUGUUGAAAUUCAUAAAAAACUGUAUGGGAUUCUUGUUCCAUUAGGCAAAAAGACCUUGGGUUUGUGAUAGAUGUAAGAAAAAACGUUGGAAUAGGCAUCUGUUUUUGCCUGCCAAAGUGACAGAUGUGAGACGGUUUAAAGUUUACUCUCAAUUGUACUUCUCAAAAAGUUGCUAUUAGGGUGAAACUUGGUUCAUUUAGCUCUGCUACUUAAGACCUGAUUAGAAUCUACUGGACCAGGAGGCUAGUGUUGCUUAUGGUAGGAUGGACAAUAGGUUAGAUAAUGAGAUUUGAGAAUCCCUUCAUGGUGCCAUUAUGUUAUUAUUCAUGUGGAGCAUAACAAGCCCACAUUUAACUUGCAUUUCAUUCUUGUGUUGAUUGUGCAGGCAAGGGUCUCCACGGAGGAGAAAGGGUCCUGUCUCAGGAACAAAGGGCAUGGAUAGAUUUCGUUCAGAAGAAUCAUUUUAUGAAAAUCCCUUACCAGAUUGUUUGUGCAGAAGAGAGGCACCAAUUCUGAAUGCUACACUUGGAAUCAUGUAGAUCCGACCUUAGAGAGUGAUUUCUUUCUAUGAAGUUCCCCUGCUGGUUGGCCUGCGGCACAUUAUGCUUUACAGUAGUUUUACUCUCUGCAAGCCUGCCAGUGCCUUAUAAAAAGAGGGGACGCGGAAUGUGAAUAUCUUGAGUUCAAGUAGCUUCAACACAUUAAUAUGAAUAAUGCAUUAGUUACAGGGGACAGGUAUAGAGAAACCAAAAUACAGCGCCUUCCAUACCAAGGCACGUUUUUAUGCUUUGAAAAGUUGGAUAGAUUUCUAGACCUUUUUUUUUUUUGGGUUAGUCAGCAAGCUAGGUUCUAGAGUUGGGACCUUGGGAUCAAGCCUUAUCCUUGAGGGCAUUUGGAGAUGUAUUAGUUCUCCAAGAAAUAAUGUGUUCUUUUAAUAUUCGCGUAUUUUUCUUCAAUUUU